GCUUGAAGACGGGGGGAGGAAAGGCAAUGAGCUCACAGAACCCUAAAAGACAAGGACAUCGAUUCUCCCGUGGCACAUCCAGAAGGGACACAGUCCUGCCAAAACUUUGAUUUUAGCCUUACAGGAUUCCACUGCAAUGAGUUGGUGGAGGAACUAUUUCUGGAUCAUCUUAGCUGUGGCCAUCGUUGUUGUCUCCUUGGUCCUAGGCUUCAUCCUGUACUGUGUCUAUAGGUGGCAAUUUAAACAAGGCAGGAAACUGGAAAUUGCUAAGCCCUUGAAACAAAACCAAGGAGAAGAAAAGAUGUAUGAGAAUGUUUUUAAUCAGUCACCGGAUCCAUUACCCGCUCUGCCACCCAGGGGCUCAUUUUUUCAAGACGAUUCCUCCCCACAGGAAAUCCCAGCUACAUACUCUUCAGUGAAUAAAGCUACAAACAAGAAAACUGUUUCCGCCUUGAGCUACACUGAGCCCGAAACCGACUAUGAUGACGUUGAAAUCCCUGGAAAUACUCAAAACCAUAAUUCGAAAACAAACAUUUCUUCUUUUUGGCAUGCUGGAGAGAGUUCGCACAACUUAUUUUAGAAGUAUCAAGAAGGGUUGGCCUUCAGUACUGAAAGCCAGUGGUGAUUUUAUGAAACUCUGAGAUAAAUACUUCCUGAACCUUGAGGAAGACGCCCCAAGGAUCAGGUAAUCACAGCCAGAGGAAAGACACCAAUGCUCGGCCCCAAGGACUAAGGGGUCAGUGCUUGUGCUUCUUCAGUUGAGGUUUCCAUGGGGUGGACCACUCUGCUCCAUACUCACACCUGUGAGAAACAACUCACUUCUCAAUACUCCCCCUCCUUUCACUCAGUUUGUGGGGUUGUGAUAGUUAAUCUUAGUAUGUGACUGUGCAGCGCCUUCCAGCUCCUAUCUCUAGCGAAGCAUUCACCAAUCUGAUUCCCCUUUGUCCCGCCCAUCCCUGUGUGGAAAGGCUGAGUGGCAGUUACAGCUGGGCACUCUUGUGCACAAGUCCCCACUUGUCACUUGGUGAGUUUGUAAGGACGAGAAGUGCUUUUAGUUCUUAUUAAUCCUCCCCAUCUACAUACACCCCUAACUCCAAUGCCUUUAUACUACAUGGACUACAGAGAAUCAACUUCUGACCUAGGUUUUUCCCUGCGCUUGCAGGUGGCAAUGUAACAAUCAACAGAGGACAAAAUUACCCUCUGGUUUACACCCACAGGUGUCAAUUUGCAGUAGGGCCACAGGAAAGCAGUAUUUCCCCCUCCAGGAAAAAUAGGGGUUCAGUGUCAUUUAACAGUUGCAUAUUCAAGAUGGAGCUCAGGGAACUUAACAACUCCUCCCAUAGUUUUCAUUAGUGCUCCACCUCUGGGAGCUGAUCUGCCUUGGAGUUCUUUCCCUGUCCCUGUUCGCAGCACUCCUGGGGGAAUCUCACCCAUGCCCAGGGGCUCUGUGGUCUCUUCUAUUUUUAUGACUUCCAAAUUGGAGACUCCAGCUGAACCCACUCUCUCCAGUUCCAGACUGGGUUGUUUCCAGGACAUCUCCAUCGGACCAUCCCACAGGACCCUCAAAUUCAACAUAUGCCCUAAGAAACUGAUUAUAGACCCCAGCCCUCACCUUUUAUUUCCAGCAUUCCCUAUCACCUGUUUGUGUCUCCCAAGCAGCUCCCCGACCAGUUCACCAUUCUGAGGUCAGGCCAUUGCCAGCCACUGCCAGGAGAACAUGAACAGCCUCCUAACUGGACUUCUGCGGCUGGCAUCUCUCCCUCCACAUCACUUGUCACAUUGCAGCUGGUGAUUUUCUAAAGUGAACUUUGGACCACUUUAUUCCCGUGAUGAAAUCUGCUCUUUGCCUAUUAACCUCAGAAAAGGGUCAAACUCUUCAACAUGGUUUAUAAGGUUUGUCAGGACCUGGUUCCUGAGCACCAUCUUUCACCUCCUUCUUCCUUUACCCCUUUGCAGCUUUUUUGGCUCUGGCCACUUGAAAUGACUUCACCAGGAUCUCUCUUGCUCCCGGGGCUGUGCAGAGCACUGUCCCUGAUGUAUGGAAUGUUCUUCCUUACCUUUGCAUCUUCUCACCUCUUUCUAUGUAUCCUUUCCUUUCCACCCCAAAUUUGGGUUGGCUUAGGUGCUCUCCUAUGAUAGAAUUAGCACCAAUAACCUUCUGUUCACCUGUUUUUCUCUUCCACUUGAUGGAAAGCAACACAAAGCCAGGGACCGUAUGCUUUCCUCAGUGUUUUCCUCGUUCCUAGCACAUUAUAGAUGCUCAAAAGAUAUACUCCAUGAUAACAGAACGAACCUCUCGGGGCUUUCACAGAUCUCCAUACACGAUCCCUCUAUAAAGGUUUUUCCCUUUGUAUUAUAAUUGCCUAGUUACAUUUCAUCCUCUCAUAUUCUGGGGGCUCCUCUGGGGUGGAACUUGUCUGGCUUACUGCUAUGUUCCCAGUAUCUUGCACAAACUUUGGCAAAUAGUAGGCAGUCAAUAAAUAUUUAUUGGAUGUUAAACAUUAA